AUGGAGGCGGCGGCGGGCGGCCGCGGCGGCUUCCAACCGCACCCGGGGCUGCAGAAGACGCUGGAGCAGUUCCACCUCAGCUCCAUGAGCUCGCUGGGCGGCCCGGCCGCCUUCUCGGCGCGCUGGGCGCAGGAGGCCUACAAGAAGGAGAGCGCCAAGGAGGCGGGCGCGGCCGCGGUGCCGGCGCCGGUGCCCGCGGCCGCCGAACCCCCGCCGGUGCUGCACCUGCCCGCCAUCCAGCCGCCGCCGCCCGUGUUACCCGGGCCCUUCUUCAUGCCGUCCGACCGCUCCACGGAGCGCUGCGAGACCGUGCUGGAGGGCGAGACCAUCUCGUGCUUCGUGGUGGGCGGCGAGAAGCGGCUGUGUCUGCCGCAGAUCCUCAACUCCGUGCUGCGCGACUUCUCGCUGCAACAGAUCAACUCGGUGUGCGACGAGCUUCACAUCUACUGCUCGCGCUGCACGGCCGACCAGCUGGAGAUCCUCAAAGUCAUGGGCAUCCUGCCCUUCUCGGCGCCCUCGUGCGGGCUCAUCACCAAGACGGACGCCGAGCGCCUGUGCAACGCGCUGCUGUACGGCGGCGCCUACCCGCCGCCCUGCAAGAAGGAGCUGGCGGCCAGCCUGGCGCUGGGCCUGGAGCUCAGCGAGCGCAGUGUCCGUGUGUACCACGAGUGCUUCGGCAAGUGCAAGGGGCUGCUGGUGCCCGAGCUCUACAGCAGCCCGAGCGCCGCCUGCAUCCAGUGCCUCGACUGCCGCCUCAUGUACCCGCCGCACAAGUUCGUGGUGCACUCGCACAAGGCCCUGGAAAACCGGACCUGCCACUGGGGCUUCGACUCGGCCAACUGGCGGGCCUACAUCCUGCUCAGUCAGGACUACACGGGCAAGGAGGAGCAGGCGCGUCUCGGCCGCUGUCUGGACGACGUCAAGGAGAAGUUUGACUAUGGCAACAAGUACAAGCGGCGGGUGCCCCGGGUCUCUGAUCCCCCGGCCUCUGUAAGAAAAGCAGAUGACACCCCCUCCCAGCACCCCACGUCCUCCGAGAAGGACAAGCAUCCAGGCUGGCUGCGGACCCUGGCCGGCUCCUCCAGCAAGAGCCUGGGCUGCGUCCACCCUCGCCAGCGCCUCUCCGCCUUCCGACCCUGGUCCCCUGCAGUUUCCGCGAGUGACAAAGAGCUCUCCCCGCACCUCCCAGCCCUGAUUCGAGACAGCUUCUACUCCUACAAGAGCUUUGAGACGGGCGUGGCCCCCAACGUGGCCCUGGCCCCGCCAGCCCAGCACAAGGCAGUGAGCAGCCCGCCCUGCGCCACGGUCGUCUCCCGGGCCCCUGAGCCCCUCCCCGCCUGCAUCCAGCCCCGGAAGCGGAAGCUACCUGCAGACACCCCUGGAGCCCCGGAGACACCAGCACCCGGGCCUGCCCCCGAGGAGGACAAGGACUCGGAGGCCGAGGUGGAGGUGGAGAGCCGAGAGGAGUUCACCUCCUCCCUGUCCUCGCUGUCCUCUCCAUCCUUUACCUCAUCCAGCUCUGCCAAGGACCUGAGCUCCCCAGGCCUGCUUGCCCCGCCCGCGGCCCCUGCCGCCCCUGAUGCCAUGGCCCCCACCGACACCCCGAGCAGCGGGCUGGAGGCGGAGCUGGAGCACUUGCGGCAGGCCCUGGAGGGCGGCCUGGACACCAAGGAAGCCAAAGAGAAGUUCCUGCACGAGGUGGUGAAGAUGCGUGUGAAGCAGGAGGAGAAGCUGAGUGCCGCCCUGCAGGCCAAGCGCAGUCUGCACCAGGAGCUGGAGUUUCUGCGCGUGGCCAAGAAGGAGAAGCUGCGGGAGGCCACGGAGGCCAAGCGCAGCCUGCGGAAGGAGAUCGAGCGGCUCCGUGCGGAGAACGAGAAGAAGAUGAAGGAGGCCAACGAGGCGCGGCUGCGCCUGAAGCGGGAGCUGGAGCAGGCGCGGCAAGCCCGCGUGUGUGACAAGGGCUGCGAGGCUGGCCGCCUGCGGGCCAAGUACUCUGCCCAGAUCGAGGACCUGCAGGUGAAGCUGCAGCACGCAGAGGCCGAUCGUGAGCAGCUGCGGGCCGACCUGCUGCGAGAGCGGGAGGCCCGGGAGCACCUGGAGAAGGUGGUGAAGGGGCUGCAGGAGCAGCUGUGGCCGCGGCCCCACUCCGAGGCUGCAGGUGGCGAGAGCACGGCCGAGCUGGAGCCCUAGCCGAACCCACUGUCUGCUGCGCAGGGCGGAUGCCACAAGGCGGGCGGGCGGCGGGGUUGGGGCUCCGUGCCAGCAGGACGCCCCCCUCCAGUCCUUAUAGCACAACGUCUUACUGUGCCUAGAACCAAGCAAGUGUUUGGAACCACAUACUUUUGGAAUCCACUGCAAAAUUUUCUACUGGCCAAGUUCAAGCGUGCAAGCCGGUUCCCAACUGCCCCAGAGACGAGGCCAGCUUGGUGGUUGUGGCUGGCCCUCUGCUUGCCGGAACGUUCUAACAUUUACACUUUUGUUAUAAGCUAUUUAAAACCAAUAAGGAGACUUGAUAUUCAGAAAAAUCAACACGUUUUUUAAUGACUAACUUUUAAAAGCCCCACCCACACGUGAUGCCCCCCCGAGGACCCACAUGGGAGCCGGGGUGGCCCCCGUCCUGCCCCUCGAAGCCAUCGCAGCUUGUCUGCACCUGCGGCCGCGUGACCACACGAAGGGUUUUUCUCCAGAGUCUAUUUUUUCAGCGACAAGGACCUGUCUCCCGCACUGUCGGGGGAGGACCCGGGGAGUGCCGCGUGCACGCGAGCUGGAACACUGCCGCCUUACCCACCUGCCGUCCCCCGCCACCCACAGGGUCGUCUGCAGGGACGUCCACAGGGGGUGCUCGGGCGGGUGGCGGGGGUGGGUCCGCGCUGGCCGGGCACGCGCCCUCCUCCUCGCGCCCCUCCAUCUGGCCGGCGGCACGCCUUCUGUUUGGGCCGAGGCUGCAGCAUUGCAACAAACACAGCAUUAUUUCAGUUUUUCUUUUUCCUUUUGUUUGUUUGUUCAUUUAAACGUAUACUUAGAACUGCACUUUGUCAAAAACCUUCCCCUUCUCUUUUUAUUCCCCAGUUAACUGAGGUUUUUACUUUCAGAUACUGCAAACCGAUUUCUAGAGCAUCCACAUCCUAAGUGCUCGAGUGUCUAGAAACCCCUCUGGUGCUUGGUUGAACAAGGGAAUCACACGAAACGAAAACGCAAAAACUGAACUUCGGGGGGUGGUUCUGUGCCUUCCAGCGUCUUGUACAGCAAACCCUGACUCGUCUUCUUCCCCCAGAAUACGUCUCCAGUAGCUGUUGGAUCUGCCAUGAUCACAAUGAGUUACCUGCAUUUAUUCCAAAUAAUCGCGUUUACUCUCAACUGUAUGCGAAUUGUAUAAGGUUUCUUAUGCCCAAGCUUGAAAAAUGAUUUCCCAGUAGACCAGGUGGCUCCCUGACCUAAAUCAUGGUAUUUAUUUACGUGGGGAGACCUGACCAGAACCCUCUGCCCGCAUCCGUCCCAGCACCCGGCAGCUGUGGCCAUGGGAGGUAGUGCCAUGGCCGCCGAGUAGAGCAGAGUUCGGGUGGCCACGUUGGUGGAGGGGUUCUGCCCUUGGUUUGCUGGGUCAGGGCUGGGUGCUGCCAGCCCCCCUUCUAAAGUGCAAUGCAAAAGGGACACCGUGUAUAUGCAGCGUGCGUUUGGUUGUUUUUCUUUUUUUUAAAUUUUUUUGCUUCUGUUUUUCUUUGCAGUUAUUAAAUCUGUAUGCAUGGACUUUUAAACCUCUGCCAUACGUAUAUCCACCGAUGGGCAUUAUUACCGUGUCGUGUAGAGGGUCGGUUGUGUCACGCAACACUCAGAAUGCUGUGUUUACCCUUGUUUUUCCAGAGUUGUGUUUUCCAGCCAUUUCUUCAAGGGAAACUAAAUGAUUUAGUUGGAGCAAAGCUUUGAGUGUGUCAGUGUGCUUCUGUGCGGCUGUGCUCUGUCGCCGUCUGAACCUGCAGUGAGGUCGCAGGGCGCCCGGGACCUGCCACCCGAGGCCACCGGGUUUGCUCCGUUCACUUUCUGAGUUUUUAGACUCCAGAGGGAGACACAUUUUUCCAAGUUGCACAUGGGGGCAAUGUGUCCCCUCACCUCCCUUCUGCUCACCUGCACAUCUGACCAUCAGCUCGGUCUGCCCCGCCACCAUCCAGCUUGGUCCCUGAUACCGGGAAGAGCUGAGGUACGGCGGUGGGGUUGGGCAGCCUCAUCCCCCACCCCCCUGCCCCUAGGCCCACUGUGAGGGUCCCAUGACCUGCCAGAGCCAGUGGCAGCUGCGGGCGAGGCCGGUGAGGGGCUGUCUGUCCCCAUCCCCGUCCUUGGGGGCAGGGUCCCCGGGCUCCUGCCUCGCAGCUGCAGUUGCAUUUCUUUCAGAAGAGGCAUCUCUCCGUAGGCUGUUGACUCUCCCCGUGUGUAAUACCCAUUACCAGAAUGACCGUGUAUUCAGUUUAAUCACUCAUUAUUUCUAUGCUGAAAGAAGAUUUUUAACGAAGGGAAAAAACAACAGCAAUAACAUUCAUAUCUAUGGAGCAGCUAACUCACUCACAUAGUGUCCUGCUUUUCGUACAGAACUCGCCAGUGUACAAAGCGACCGUGUAAAUACUCUCUCCUCUUACACUCGUGUAUCAUACGUGUACAUGGUGGGUCCUCCCCCAGGACUCUCUCCUUACUGGUAGCUGUCCUCUUUUCUGGGUUGUUUCUAACAGAGGAAGAACACGCCCACCGGCUUCCUGGGCAACCCCACCCGUCCUUCAUGCCUGCUCACCGGGCUUGGGGGGCUGUCUUGUUCUUGCUUUAAGUCAGGAGUCACAAAUGACACUUUUUUUUUUCAAUUAAGGAAAAAAAACCACAGCUCCACCCUGGUGCCCGCCAGGAGCGUCCGCAUCGCCGUCCCCUUCUCUCCUUUGCUGCUGCUAAUGACAAUAUGACGACUUACUCUACUAUUCGAAAACUAUUUUUAUGUAAUUAAUGUAUGCUUUCUUGUUUAUAAAUGCC